UUGCGUCACGGCGGAACACCUCAGGCUGCUAGCUAGGUUAGCAAUCAUCGGUCGUUAACUCCUGCAGAAAGAAGGUCAUUAUUUUACCUAAAAGUAGCUGUUAACACUCCGCGUUACUUUUUAUGCAAAAAGUAACGCGGUGCAAAUACAUUUGCAUGUGCGUGCGUUGAUAAUCCCAUUGUAAUGUUCAAGGCAGUGUCUACGUGUGUGCUAGCGAGGCACGUUAACUGCUAGCAUAAUAAGAGCUGCAACAUUUCUGGACAUGCUCGGCGACGCAAUGAUUACAAGUGGGACAUCCGAAGUUCCCUGCAGCAAUAAACAAGAGUCACCGAAGUCCCUCGACGAGACGCAGCGGGCGCCGCCGCAACAGACCGCACCAAAGUUGGUUUUGAUCUGGCCCAAUCCAAGUUCUCAUCAGCCUGCCAAGCAAAAGGAGGAGGAGUUGGAAGAUGUUGAUGAUCCAAGUCAGGAUGAUGGGAUGUUGUUAUCUGUCUCCGACCACAGCGCACUAAACCUAUCUACAGGAGAAGAAACCGCUCUCUAUUUCAAUCCAGAUUACACCAGAAAGUCUCGGAACGACACAUCGCUUGUUCUCUUGACAAGAAAGUUUUUGAACUUGCUGCAGAGUUCAAAAGAUGGCAUUUUGGAUCUUAACCUCGUGAGCCAGGAGAUCAACUCCUCCAAGAGACGCAUCUACGAUGUCACAAACGUCUUGGAGGGGAUCAACUUGAUCAAAAAAAUAUAUAAGAAUCAUAUACAGUGGAUGGGUGGCAGUCCCAGUAAGGACACCAUCCAAAUAAUAAAUGAUCUCGCCGAAGAAGAGAAAAAGCUGGACGAGCUGAUCGAAAGCUGCACAGGGGAUCUCCACGCGAUGUGUGUGGACGAGGAGAACAGCAAGUUUGCCUACGUGACCUAUGAGGACAUUCAAACCAUCCCCACACUGAGUGAGCAAACUCUACUCGUCAUCAAAGGCCCCGAAGACACAAUCCUGAAUGUCACGCACCCAAAAGAAGUACGUUCCCUUCGUUGUGUGUACUUGUAUGCAAAUCAGAACAUGCUCUGUUCUUGUCCUCAGAGCUUCCAAGUCCACAUGAAGAGCACUCAGGGUCCCAUCGACGUGUUGAUCUGCUCAGACGAGCCUCUUCCGAUGGAAGUCACGGGCGGUCACGUGGACGGCGACGCCAAUAGCGAUCACAACUCUGCUAAUGACUCGUACACUUCAUUUGUUCAGAUGCCCCUGAAAAGCGAACCUUGUUAUUAA